CAACCAGCCUCCAGGUGAGCUCACGACAGUUCAGUGCCACGAAGCUUAAUCCACUCAGCCGGGAUCAUGUCUGGACGCCAGGUGAGCAGUUCCAACACUUACAGCUGCUUGAACCAUCCCAACAACGUGUCCUUUCCUGCCCGGAAUCCAGGCUGGUCCCACUGCCCCAGUGUGACCGGGGCUAAUGGCCUCAAGCGCCCUCGCACCCCGAAUGGCUCUGAAGCCAGCAGCUGCAGCAACCCCUCGGAGCAAUCUGACAGCCCCGGCUUCCCCAGACUUCCAGUGAGGAGAAUCUGCAUGGGCCGGCCCUACAACUCCAAGUGUGUAGAGACGAGCCACCUGGUGAACUGCCGCAAGGUGGCCAGAAAGCCCGCUUGCCGUGGCAGUCCCUACUGUCUGCCCUGUACAGAUCAUCCCGCGGGCCCCUCUGGCCCCACCUUCCUGGACCAUCUCAUCAAAGGCAUCAACUACCUCGACAGAUCCACCAAUGCCUUCUGCACUAACUGCCCCAAGUCAUCACUGAGCCUGCCGAGGCUUGCAGCCAACUACCUGCAACACGCCGCCAACUCCAUCCACCUGGACCCCCCAGACCACUCCUUCCCCCACAGUUACUCCCACUCCAGCGCCAGUGUGGCCACCUCUGACAAGGCCUGCCCCAGCACCCGCCUGGUGCCGUCUGCCAGGGAUGUCCAUGCUUUGCAGUGUGUGGAUGACUCUGCCAACUCUGCGAGUUGCACACGCCGGCUUCCUAGCCGGAAACUCACGCCCAUGCUGCCGCAGAGGCCCGGGAUAAAGUUGCCGGAGCUCCCUUUGUUGGGCAAUGGGAUCUUUUCCUUAGGUCAUCUGCCCAAGUUCUGGGAAGCAAUCCGCUCGGGCUGGAGUGCCCCUGAGCCCAUCUCUAAACCCUGUAGCUGGUGGUGACAUCGACACCAACUGUGAAAGGGGCACAUGUCCAUCAGGCUACAGUUGUGGAAAAUAAAUUGUCUGUGGCAAGAUGCUCCUUCCAAGGCUCCAUUGAGGGGAAACGGCCAUUUAGAUUGGGGAUCAUAAAUCUGAGGACCUAUGGGGCUGGGCAGUAAAAGUUAAUGGGUGAAUUGGGCUGAGAGGUAGUAGGAGUGGUGGAUACUGUGGCUGAGUGGAGAGGGAAUACCUGGUCUAAACCCAGCUUUCAAAU